AUGGUCGUUGGAGGGGUCGAUACUCCUCAAGGACCAAUACUAAAAUGGACCAAGGUGUUGAUCACAAGGGAGAAGCGAACUCGAGAUUACGUACUAGAAGGAACUUUCUCUUUCAAUGACGAGGAUGCAGAAGGGAUCAAACAACCCCACAACAACGCACUGGUAAUAUAUGUACUUAUGAGUAAUACUCAAGCUAAACGUGUUUUGAUUGAUCCAGGUAGCUCGGCCAACAUAAUUCGAUCGAGGGUUGAAGAACAGCUCGGCCUACAGGAUCAGGUUGUACCCGUGGCCCGAGUUCUAAAUGGCUUCAAUAUGGCAUGUGAAACCACCAAAGGCAAAAUAACUUUGCCAGUAAACAUGGCUGGGACCAUCCAAGAAAUGAAGUUCCAUGUGAUCGAGGGCGAUAUGAGGUAUAAUGCCCUAUUCGAGAGAUAG